UGGUGGGAUUACAGGCGUGUGCCACCAUGUCCGGCGCCAAGCUGUAUUCUAAAUUAUUACUAUUAUUAUUUUGAGAGGUGGGGGAUCGAACCCAGAACUUCUUUGUAGGAAGAUAUGAGAUUCAUUAUUUGUUUCACAAAUGAAAAUGCUAAGGCUCACAAAAUUUAAGCUAUUUGCCCAGAGCCACACACGGAAGCCUGGCUCACCUCAUUAUUGCUUAAUUCUAUGUUGUUGUUCGUUUUUUUUUUUUCCCCGGUAUCGGGAAUCGAACUCACGAUACUCACAACCUUACGCUUGCCAGACAGGCGCUGUGCCGCUGAGCUAAAUCCCCAGCCCCUGUCACUUAAUUCUAGAAUACAUGGUUGGAAACAUCUGGUUACUCCUUAUCUCGGCUGGUCCUGUUUGAUUCAAACGUGAUCGGCACUCCUCCCAACACUCUGCGUCAGAACGUCAGAACCACUGUGACGUCGGCUCCCCCUGACGGCCUUGGACCCCUUACGUCAUCUCACUGCGCGACGCCCGGGAGCUGCCGGAAGUAGGCCGUCUUCGGCGCCGGGGCGUGUCCUGCGCAUCCGUGGCGCAAGAUGGCGCUGCCCUUUGCGCGUUCUUGGCGCUUGUGCCUCUGGGCAGCGAAACGAUGGGGGAUUGCCCCCGGGGACUCCCGGAGAGGCAUCAGUUUCAAACUGGAAGAAAAAACCGCCCACAGCAGUCUGGCACUCUUCAGAGGUGACACGGGUGUCAAAUACGGCUUGGUGGGACUGGAGCCCACCAAGGUAGCCCUGAACGUGGAGCGGUUCCGGGAGUGGGCUGUGGUGCUGGCGGACACAGCGGUCACCAGUGGCAGACACUACUGGGAAGUGACAGUGAAGCGCUCCCAGCAGUUCCGAAUAGGAGUGGCAGAUGCGGACCUGGCCCGGGAUAGCUGCAUCGGUGUUGACGACCGAUCGUGGGUGUUCUCCUACGCCCAGCGCAAGUGGCACAGCAUGUUGGCCAACGAGAAAGCCCCGAUCGAGGGCAUCGGGCAGCCCGAGAAGGUGGGGCUGCUGCUGGAGUAUGAGGCCCAGAAGCUGAGCCUGGUGGAUGUGAGCCGGGUCUCUGUGGUCCACACGCUACAGACAGAUUUCCGGGGACCAGUGGUGCCUGCUUUUGCUCUUUGGGACGGAGAGCUCCUGACUCAUUCCGGGCUUGAGGUGCCUGAGGGUCUCUAAUGGGUGCCUUACUGGAGUCCCCAAUUAAUUGUGCUCUUGGCCAGCUUUCAGUUCCAAGUGUCUGAGACUGUUUUACAUUGCCCGAAGCAACCUCUGCCCCCACGGUUCAGUGUCAAGUCCUGUGCAUUCUCUUAAGUCGUGGUCUUCUAUCUCCUUCCCGGAGAGAGCUAAGCAUACAGCCAAGCUUUCCCCUCAGAGUACUGCCAGUUCCCUGGACAACCGUG